AUGCAAGAGAACAAGCUGGAACGAAUACUUCAAGUAAUGAAGGAUGGUGAUGAAGUCGAGGUUCAGCAUCAAGUGUAUCGACAGCCAGCUUUAGACGAUCCGAUGGAAGUUGUCGAAGAGCCAGUUGCGGAUGUCGAAAUGGAAGAUAUUGAUCACGCGCCAAGCAUUGAUGUACAGCGGCUUAUGCCUUCUGAGAGCCCUGUACAAUUAUGGAGCAGUGAAUGUCCAUCGACUCCGAAACUUGCUAGGUUUGACGAGAAUGAACUAAUCGCAGAAGCUGUUCUUGCCUACGCUGUUAGCGUUGACGAUGAAACGAAUUUGCCAACUACGUAUGCUUAUGCAAUGAAUGCUGAGCUUCGCUCUCAUGAAGAAAAUCAAACGUGGACCUUGGAGCCACGAGGAAAGAUUAAACGCACAAUUAGAUCACGAUGGUUGAUUGCCAAGAAGCGUGAUAAAAAUGGCGAUGUCGUGCGAUACAAGGCACGACUGGUCGCGAAAGGAUUCAAGCAAAAUCAUGGCGUCGACUUUUUCGAGACUUAUUCUCCGGUCGCCAACAUGAAUUCAAUCCGAAUAAUUCUCGCAGUAUGUGCUGAAUAG